AAUUCAAAUGUUGCCAUCUAUGUCAGCUUCAUGUCGCCAUUAUAUCACCAUGCGAUUUUAUGAUUGCUUUAAAUUAAACAACUCCACCACAUUAUCUGCACGCACAAGUCUAAAUUAUUUGCUAUCCGAUUGUGAUUUAAACAUUUACGAAGAUGGAAGUUCUGCCACAAGACUGCAUUGCGCAUGUCCUCUCCCGCACGUCACCUCAGGAUGCGUGUCAAGCGGCAUUGAUCUCACAAUCGAUGAAAGAUGUAGCAAACUCAGAUUCUAUAUGGGAAGCGUUUUUGCCGCCGGAUUAUCGAGAAAUUAUCUCAAGGUCAACGCCUCCGGUGUCAUUCGAAUCGAAGAAAGAGUUGUUUAUGAAGCUUACUAGUCCACUCCUUAUCGAUGGAGGAACAAAGACGAUCUCACUGGACAGAACAACAGGGAAGAAAUGUUACAUGUUGUGCGCGAGGGAACUCGAUAUCACCUGGUCAGAUAACUCCCUGUACUGGAGCUGGAAGCACUUGCUUCAGUCGAGGUUUGCGCAAGUUAGUGAACUUGUGAUGGUCUGCUGGCUAGAGAUAUCGGCGACAAUCAACACUCGAAUGUUAUCUGCAAAUACAUAUUAUGGUGCAUUUCUCGUUGUCAAAUUUGCCAACAGAGCUUUCGGAUUAGACCACCUCGCGUCCGAGGUUUUGAUUCAAGUCGGGGAGUCCAAGUACGAGGGAAGUAUUUGUUUGUGUCAUACCAAAUCACCGGACCGUAUUCGUGAACGCAGUGAUGGAUGGAUGGAGAUUGAGAUUGGUUAUUUUCACACAGAGGAUGCGGAUACUGGGAAGGAGGUGAAAAUGAGGCUAAGAGAAGUGAAGGGUGUGCACUUGAAAGGGGGGCUUAUUGUCGAGGGAAUUGAGUGUUCUUGUUGUGCGAUAAUGGAGGAUGAAAUAUAUGAGAUGAAAAAUGCUGAUGGUACCAAAAAGUCUCGAUUAACGAACCCUGGUCUACCCUGGAGCCAGUGGCAAUUGCUUGAUUCUAUUCUUCCUACUGGAGGAUUUGCUCAUUCAUUUGGUCUGGAGGCAGCAAUUCAAACCCGAAUGGUCUGUGAACCUGAAGAUCUAAAAAUAUAUGUGGUCCAUCUGUUGGAAAAUACUGGAAGCCUACUUCUUCCUUUUGUUUAUAGUGCAUUCCAAUCGCCCAAUCUCCAAACAUGGUAUAAGGUUGAUAAGAUAUUGAAUGCAACACUUACAAAUGAGGUAGGGCGCAAGGCAUCAAUAGCACAAGGAUCAGCUCUGAUGAGAACAGCUGCAUCUGUCUUUACAGAAAUCCCUUCUCUCAAAGUAAUGAGACAAACAUCAUUAGGUACAGGAGUGGUAAAUUUUCACCAUGCUCCUAUCUUUGGGAUGAUAUGUGGACUUCUUGGGUUUGAUAGUGGAACAACUCAAAGGGCGUACAUGUUUGUGACAUUGAGAGAUAUAAUAUCUGCCGCGACUAGGUUGAAUGUGAUAGGACCCCUAGGUGCUGCUGUACUGCAACACCAGGUUGCUGCCAUUGCCGAAGAUUUAUCAAAUAAAUGGAUGGAUCGACCACUUGAUGAAGCAUGCCAGACGAGUCCUUUACUUGACACUGUGCAGGGGUGCCAUGGCUACUUAUUUUCAAGACUGUUCUGCUCUUAAAAGCUGGGAAGGAAGACUUAGUUGCUCAGGCUUAUGCCAUCAUAUGGUAGUCAGGUCGAUGUUGUUGCUUGAGUUCUAGCUGAUGAAACUAAUGCUUCAAACCAACUCGAGCUAUCAUAGGUUUUGCCAGACUCAAAAUUAAUUAAGAUGUUAAUUUUUUGGCUAUGUUGUCCACAAUAAGCAUUGUAGAAUAUAUUUGUAUGUUCUACAUUGGGACUAUAACAGGGAAAUAUGAAAUUACUAUUAACAAAUUUAAUAUAAUUUGUGUAUUUUCAUAUGUACAGUGUACACAAGUUUUUCAUGUUAUAAUUUUAGGAUUUUGUAGAUAGGUAGACGUUUCUAGUACUGACAUUUUCUGUGGAAGGGGCAAAAAAUUGAACAAAGAUGAAUUGUUCAUUUAUGAUAGUGAUUACUAAUAUAUACAUAUAUAAAUCUCUAUGUGUAUUCUCUUGUAGUGUCCAUGUACUAAGACAUUCUUAAAGUUAUGCAGAACUUGAUCAUUUAGAAGUGAAGAAACCAUGUUUCUUUCUGCCUUAUGCAAGUGGGGGCAUGACCUUGGAGGGCUGUACUAACAAGGUAAGCUUCUUUCAGGAUUUUAUUAGUUUACUUAAAUAUUUGUCACAAGCACAAUAAAUAUCAUGAGGAUUGCCUAAAACUGGCUAGGUAAAAAGUUAAAAUGCUUGAAAACAAAAAAAAAAAUUGAUGAAAAGAACUGGCUUACCAGUUAAUAUUAUAUAUGCACCCUGGUAGAUAUCUGAUAUAGAAAGCUGAAGCAGUCGCAGGGCAACUCUCCUUUGGCAUGUCUUUAACAACAGUUAGUAUCAUAAUUACAUGCCAACUGAGAGUAGACCGGUGACUGCUCCACUUUGCUUAAUCAUGCUCAUCUAGCUAAAUUGAGCCAGUUUUGCCUAUGAUCCUGAUUGCAAGUUACUAGUAAUUGUUCUGAUGUAGUAUUUUGCUGUAAGCCUGUAACUCCUUGCAUUGUAUAUAAGGUGACAUAAAGCUAGGGGGUGAGGAAUAAACCAAUUAAGGAAUGGUAUAUGCUAGCCAGGUUCACAGUUAUAUAUAUGUCAUUUUAUUUGUAUGAUACUUUUUCAAUUUCUGGCUACUGCAUCUUGAAAAGGCUUCUUUCUUAUCCUUUACAUGAAUGAUGCAUAUACAAUAUGCCUCUUGAAAAGCUCUGAUUCCAAUUUUAUUAAAUUCCAUCUCUACCUAUAAUUGUAUGUGCAUAUAUAUUGCGCACACUUCAUCUGGCAAGCUCCUUUUGGUAAAAGUAUGAAUGUUAUCAUAUUUGGUUAAAAAUAUUUUAAGUCGAGUUUCUGGAUUAACAGUUAGUGUUAGCACUUUCGGAAUGAAAAACAUUCUAGUUUCUAGUGUUGGAUCUGCUGUGAUUAACAUAUUUAGACCAAAUAUCUUGCACAGCUUGUGCUGCAACAAUGAAGAGGGCAAUCAUUAAUUUCUAACUAUUCUUACUGUACAAUCUAACCUUAAACAACUUAGAGCACCAACAAACAUAUUAUACAAUGGAGCAUAUACAGUUGUACCCUAUUUUACCCUUAACAUGUCGAUCGGGAACUAUGUCGAUCCCUUUACUCCUGAGUUGUUCGGCAGGCCCAACCCCACUUAGCAUCAUCAGCUGGGGGCUUCCGAUUGCACCAGCUGCUAAAAUGACUUCACUUCUAGGAUCCUUAGUCAAGUAUGCUGUAUGAGAUACGCCAAGAGUCAUGUAUUAUAAAGACUACACAAUGGAUUCUUCCACUGCGUUCAAACAAAAGUUAGCAAUGCUGGACUAUCGAAGAAGGUGAACAGCAAUUUUAGCAGGAUCAGCAUACUCUAACAAGUCAGCAGCAGUGUGUCCCAUUUCUAUUAAUUUGGAAUGGAGGAUUGGAGGGUUCUAUAGAGCUGGACUCCACUAAAGUAGCUACUAGCUAGGUUGCUGCUUGUUUUUCUUAUGAUGGUCAAUGAAUAUUGAUGUUUUUCAAUAAUAUUUUUUUUUUGAUUUUUUUUAAAGAUAUAUUAAUGAGUUGAAAAAUGUUACAGCAUAUUGUUUUUAAGAAAAUUAGAUUUUUCUCCAAUA